AAAAUGUAUUGAAUGGAAGAUGUGGCAACGCUGCAUACAAAAAUUGCGCGUAAUUUGUGCGUGACAAAAAGAGAAAAUCUUUAGAAAAUAUGAGUGGCCGCAAGCACAAAGGAGCCGAAAACAUUGAAAAUCUGUGUCCCGUAGCCAGAAAACGCUCAAUCGGCGCUGCAGCCGCUGUGCCCCCAACCAAAACGACGUCGGCUUACGAGCACACCUCCUCCCCGUCAGUGCUGACCUUUGAGGCACUGGAAGAAAUGGGCAUCGGGAUGUUGGACUCUGAGGAGAGCAGCUCAUCUGCUCUGUCAGCAAUUGCACUCGCAGUGAGCACAACCAGCGAUGAGAACUCAAAUGAGACUACGCCCUGCACCAAUGUGGCGCGAAUGGCACACCAGCAGGCGCGUUUGAGUCUCAACUCGACAGCAUCUACGCUCGACAACACUAUUAUUGAGGUGUUCAGUGAAGAUACUCAGGAACGUACGCUGCAACAGUCGGCUGAGAAGCUGCACGCUCUGGCCCAGGCGAAGCGAUCGGCGCUGGCCAACAGCGAGUGCAGCAGCAAUUCCAAUUCACCCAGCAAACGUACUAGAAAUCCCCUUGCCACAGUCACAUGCAAUAAUCAAAUUGAGCCCUUGCAUGCACAGCAACCGCCGCCGCCGCCGCAACAACAACAGACGCCCCUCAGCCUUAUGCCCUCAACCAGUAAGCAGGCGCUGAGGCAAAAGAAACCAACGCAAGCACCAACAGCCUCGCAAGGAGCACCACCGCCGCCGCAAACGCUGACUAGCCGAUUGGCGGCCACAGAAAACUUCUUUGUCUACCGAACGCCUGUAAUGAGCGCCCAUAUUAGCAGCGGCAUCAACUACUUUGACAAAUUGUCCGACGAGAUUUUGCUGGACAUUUUCAAGUGGUUGCCAAAGAAGGCGCUGCUGCGAAUAGCUACCGUUUGCCGUCGAUUCAAUCGUUGUGCACGUGACGAGACUCUGUGGACGCGUCUGGAUUUAGGACUCCGGACGCUCCGUCCCACUGCCCUGGAGCAGGUGGUGAAGCGCGGUGUGCCAAUACUUCGUCUAGCUCAAGCAGAAAUUCAAGAUCCGGCGUUUACGAACGACCCAUCCUUCAUAGAUUUCCAGUCGCGUCUUCAAUAUCUGGACUUAAGUCUUGCUUCCAUUUCACUCAGCUCGUUGCGCACAUUACUGGCGCAUUGUCGACAACUGAAGAAACUUAGCCUGGAGCACGCCGAGUUGAAUGAUGAAAUCUGUCUUGAGAUUGCACAGAACAGCUCGCUGGAAACACUCAAUCUGUCGAUGGCCAGUGGCCUAACCGCCAACAGUGUUGGACAAAUGAUGGAGUCGCUAACCAAACUGAACAGCCUAAACAUAUCGUGGACUGAUUUGAGCGCUGAUGCUGUAACCGCUCUGGUCACUCACAUACCGUCCAAUGUGAUCAGAUUGAACGUGGCCGGCUGCAGGCGUGUGCUCUUCGAUAUACAUGUGGAUACACUGCAAAAGCGCUGUCUCCAAUUGCUUGAACUCGAUCUUUCAGACUGCAAUAGUCUGACGCCUGCGGCCCUCACUUCAAUCAUGAAAUUCAACAGUCUGGAAUACUUGUCCGUUUCGCGGUGCUAUCUCAUACCCGCUGCUAGUUUUAUAGAACUAAAGAACAUGACGUCACUUACUUAUCUGGACAUUUUCGGCAUGCUUUCGGAUGCCGCCAUGGAGGUGCUGGAGAAGCAAAUGCCCAAAAUUGGAAUCAACAAGUUUAUACAUAGCUCGGUGGGACGCCCAACUGUGGGCACGCGUCGCACCUCCAUUUGGGGCCUGCGAACGCGCGACUGAAGCGUCACCAAAUCAGACUUGAAAUUUUCUUGAAUACUACAUUUGUUGCGUUUAUAUGCCGCUUAGAGCAGUAUUUAUAUUCAAUUCUCUGACAAUAAUUAAAUGUCACGUUUAGCAUUU